CAGCCGGAGAUGAAGUGCAGAUAAUAGUCAGCGUGUAAAAAGUUUAAUAUUUUGUCACUGUCCCAAUCGCCAUCGGCAUAUAUCGAUGAAAUAUUUAUGAAUAUAUGUGAGGAUAAUGAACAUCGAUUAAGGCAUGGCUAACGUGGGAAGGACUGGAGAAAUUAUCCAUCUAAACGUUGGAGGGAAAAGGUUUAGCACAUCAAGGCAGACUCUGACAUGGGUUCCAGAUUCCUUUUUCUCAAGCCUCCUAAGUGGCCGGAUCUCCACAUUGAAGGAUGAAACGGGAGCGAUUUUUAUAGAUCGAGAUCCAUCGCUUUUCACACCGAUUCUCAACUUCCUUCGCACCAAAGAAUUGCAUCCCAGGUCUGUCAAUGUGCACCUGCUUAUGCACGAAGCCGAGUUCUAUGGGAUCGCUCCUUUAGUUCGGAAGCUGCAGCUCUGUGAUGAGCUUGACCGCUCCUCCUGUGGGUCCGUUCUGUUCAACGGCUAUCUCCCCCCGCCAGUGUACCCGGUGAAGAAGAGGAACAGGCACAGCGUGGCGGGGCCCCAGUACAUGAGCGGGCGCUCGGGGCCCGCGGAGAGGGUGCCGGUGCGGAGGAGCAACACCAUGCCCCCCAACCUGGGCAACGCUGGCAUCCUGGGCAAAGUGCUGGUGGAGGAGAGGCCCUCUGGGCAAGCGGGUGACUCGGGCAUGGUCCGCAUCAUCUGCGGGCACCACAACUGGAUCGCCGUGGCCUACGCCCAGUUUGUCGUCUGCUACAGGGUGAAGGAGUCGUCGGGCUGGCAGCAGGUGUUCACCAGCCCCCGGCUGGACUGGGUCAUCGACCGGGUGGCGCUCAACGCCAAGGUGAUGGGCGGCUCCCUGGGGGACAAUGACAAGAUGGUGGCCGUGGCCUCCGGCACGGAGAUCAUCCUGUGGGCCAUCUGCCCUGACGGCAACGGCAGCGAGAUCGGCGUCUUCAGUCUGAACGUCCCCGUAGAAGCUCUCUUCUUUGUUGGGAACCAGCUAAUCGCCACCAGCCACACGGGAAAAGUGGGAGUGUGGAACGCUGUGACCAAACACUGGCAGAACCAGGACGUGGUGCCUAUUAACAGCUAUGACACGGCAGGAUCCUUCCUGCUGCUGGGGUGCAAUAAUGGCUCCAUAUAUUACAUAGACGUACAGAAGUUCCCAUUGAGGAUGAAGGACAAUGACCUUCUGGUGACAGAGCUGUACCGAGACCCCUCUGAAGAUGCCAUCACCGCCCUCAGUGUCUACCUCACGCCCAAAACAAGUGACAGUGGGAACUGGAUCGAGAUCGCCUACGGGACCAGCUCUGGCACCGUGCGGGUCAUAGUGCAGCACCCCGAAACGGUGGGCUCAGGUCCCCAGCUCUUUCAGACCUUCUCUGUCCACCGCAGCCCCGUUACCAAGAUCAUGCUGUCGGAGAAACACCUCACCUCAGUCUGUGCAGACAACAACCACGUGCGCACCUGGACCGUGACUCGCUUCCGGGGCAUGAUCUCCACCCAGCCGGGCUCCACCCCGCUCAACUCCUUCAAGAUCCUGUCCCUGGAGGACAUCGACGGGCUCGGAGGCUGCAGCGCGGGAACCGAGAUCGGACCAUACGGAGAAAGAGACGACCAGCAGGUAUUCAUCCAGAGAGUGGUCCCAGAUACUGACAAGGUCUACGUACGCCUCUCCUCCAAUGGGAAAAGGCUGUGUGAGGUGCGCUCUGUGGACGGCACCUCCAUCACGGCGUUCGUGGUGCACGAGUGCGAGGGCUCCAGUCGCAUCGGCUCCCGGCCGCGCCGCUACCUCUUCACCGGGCACGGCAACGGCAGCAUCCAGAUGUGGGACCUCACCACCGCCAUGGAGAUCGCCGGGAAAGUGGACGCCAAAGCCGUGGGCGGGCCCACGGGAGAGGAGCUGUUGGAGCUGCUGGAGCAGUGUGACCUGGCGUUGACCCGCACCCCCGACAUGAGUCCUGCCGCCUCCCUCUGCCACUCCAACACCCCCGCCAACUCCAUGUGCAGCUUGCAGUCUCAGCUGAACGAGUCGAGCUCGCGGGACCGGGACCGGGGCCUGAGGAGUUUGGGCCCCUUCAUGGGCAGCCUGCCCCGCCAGGGCCCCCCGGUGUCAUUCGGCCGGCCCCGCGACGGGGCCCUCUCGUCAGGGGCCAUGGGCGGCCUGUCCCUCCACCCCCACCAGCUGGGCCUGAGCCAGGCCUCCCUCAGCAGCGCGGGCAGUCCCCACCAGGCCCUGCGGAGGGGCAGCUUCGUGGAGCGCUGCCAGGAGCUGGCCAAGAGCUCGGAGCCCGAGGGGGGCCGGCGGAGCCUGGCCGUGUGCAGCGAGCUGGAGGCCCGCCUGGGCCUGCGGACCCCCUGCUCCUCCUCCUCCUCCUUCUCUCCCGCCUCCUUCUUCCCCGCGGCCGCCACCGCCUCGUCCCUGCGCAAGGCCCCGCCCCCCGCCCCGGCCCCGGCCCCCGCCCCGGCCACGCCCACGCUCGCUCGCCCCCCGCCCGCCUCCCCCCCGUCGCCCGCGGCGACCCCGCCCACGGACGCCGCCGCCGCGAACCCCGCGGGCGAGAACCCCGCCUCGCCGGCCGCCACCAGCCCCAAGCCCCGCAUGAACGAGACCAGCUUCUGAUUGGUCGGCGAGGUGACCGCUCACCCCUGCCAUUGGCCGGUUUAAAGUCGACGCAUUUAACGCAAGGAUGAAGUCGGGGCGCCCGAGUGAAUGUGCGUGGGGUGUGUCGUUGGGCUGCACCAUAUAGCGAUCGCGGUACGUCUCUUUUUUUAUGCAAUAAGAACUAUCUUUGGCAGGUGGUUGUAGGUUCUGUUUCUUCUUUCUGUUUUUAAUUAUACUUCAUACGGUAACACAUCUUCAAACUUUAGUGUAAUGCUUCCAUCCAGGGGAGAAAAACAUGACUUGUAUCUAUGUUGGCUAAUCAAUUAGUUUUUUAUUAUCUUUAUCCUUGUCGUCAUGUUUUUAUCUCCCACAUGGAAACAGCAUGGCCCUGUUGCUUUCACAUCAACAUUGAAAAGAUACGAGUGACGUUUUUUUCCCCGUAAGCAUUUUACUGGCUCAGAAAACCGAAUGUGAUGCACCGUAUCAGGUAUGAUGAAAAAGUUUUGUUUUUUUAAAAGACUGAAAUAAAUCUUACACCGCGUGCCGGAGAUGGUUGGUACUGCGCUUACAAAAAAAAAGGUUAUACCGCGAUGGCUAUAUCACCCAGCCCUAGCGUGGGGUGUGUUGGCGGUUCCUGAUGGAAAACCUUCCUUUAGUUGUAAGUCUUCUGUGACCCAAAGCCUGGGGGGAGUGCGCCUCUUCCACCCCCCCCCCCCCCCCCCCACUCCCUGGGUGUCACAUUUCAGCUCCUGAGGUUUAAGGGCUGAGGUCUACUGCCGGGGCAGAUUCCCCUCGCCCUUCCUGUGCGUAUCCGAUAGCUUUAUUUUUGGUGGCAAAGCCCAUCUGAAGAUGUGUUUUGCAAGGCAAGGUAAACGCUGCCAGACUGUUUCAGCCGGCCAGCUCUCUAUCUCAGCAUCUGUAUAGGGGCAUAAUCAGACUGCAAACACGGUUUUUCACUGGGAAAUAUGUCCUGCCAUAUUUUUGUUUUAAAAUAACUAACAUUAUUCUUUAUUUGAAAAAAAAAGAAAGAAAAAAAGUCAAUGUUUAAAGAAAGGUGAUGUCGGAUGUGAGAGGUUUUGAAGGAAAUAUUCCAGGUUUAUUUGAAGGGUUUUUGGACAUAUUACCGCGUGUCACUUUUAUUAAAGCAUCAAUUACGUCGAUUUGAGAAUCGGCGUAUCAUUUCGGGCAUAAAUUACGUGAUUCCGUACCCCAAAAUGAUACUUUUUUAAUGUUAAUUAAAAUUUAAAGGAAGGUAUCAUAAAGCACAACGGCCAUUACGGUAAAAGUGUGAUAGAACUGCAGGUUCAACAUUUUGUUCCUAUAUUCAGGCAAUCUGAAAGAAACAUCCAGAAGAAAAAAAAAAAAUCAAGUCUCAAGUCCUGUUUGCAUGUCAUGGAGGAUUUAAAAAGAGGAUUUGCAGACGGCUGCAGUGUUGUUUUGAGGUUACUUGACGUUUAGUGUUACUGUGAUGAGAAGCCCUAUGUUAGACGAGCAAUAAGUUUGCGUCGGCAUGGCAACGUCCGGGGGGGACAGAAACGACCCGCUUGGCGUGCACGAGGCCAGGUAAUCCUGUGACGUUUUUAAGUUGCACUUGACAAAAUUUGAGUGCCUUCUACUGAAUACACUGCUGUGCAAGCACGUGUUGUGUGCUAUUGAUACCAAUCAUUUUGCUAAUAACGGCAUGGGUUUUGUAUUUUU